ACCGGCUCAUCCUGUGACGCGCUACUUACGGAGCACGCGCACCGAGCUCUUCCUUUUUCCAGUGCAGCGGAGUCAAGCCCUGUCUUUGGCUCCGGGCUCCUUCCUUAAGGAGACAAAAAGUCUGCAAAAAUGGGUUUUGUUAAGGUAGUGAAGAACAAGGCCUACUUCAAGAGGUACCAGGUCAAGUUCAGGAGGAGGCGAGAGGGCAAGACUGACUUCUUUGCCCGCAAGCGCCUGGUCGUACAGGACAAGAACAAGUACAACACACCCAAGUACCGGAUGAUUGUCCGUUUCUCCAACCGGGACAUCUGUUGCCAGAUCGCCUACGCCAAGAUUGAGGGCGACAUGAUCGUGUGUGCUGCCUACUCGCACGAGCUGCCAAAGUACGGGAUCUCCGUUGGCCUGACGAACUACGCAGCCGCCUACACCACCGGUCUGCUGGUGGCCCGUAGACUGCUUCACAAGUUCGGCCUGGAUAAGGUGUACGAAGGCCAGGUGGAGGUGACCGGUGACGAGUUCAACGUGGAGAGCGUCGACGGUCAGCCGGGCGCGUUCACCUGCUACCUGGACGCUGGGCUUGCCAGAACCACUACUGGCAACAAGGUGUUUGGUGCCCUGAAGGGUGCCGUGGAUGGCGGCCUGUCCAUCCCACACAGGUAA